AUGCCACCGUUAUUCAUAGUUAUCACCUUUCUCUUUUCCACAGCUUUUCGGAUAUCACAGAGUGUACAUCAUCAUUUAAACGAAGAAGAGCUCAAACAAGUCUUUGGUGUUUCCAACAAGCAUGAAGUAAGUUUUUCCUUCACCUUAAUGAUUACUUACAAUGUUUUCCAGGUUCCCGAGUACAGUCUCAUUGAAACCACCAGACAUCCUCUUAAAAAUGGAGGCUUAAAAAUGAAAUUUGUUGCUUGGAACGACACCUAUCACCUGAAUCUUCGCAAAAAUUCACGAAUCGUCAGUCCACACAUUAUCUCUGUGAUACGACAUGGUGAUGAUGCCGUCACCACUUACGACGGUCUACGGGAUUAUAACCAAUGUCAUUAUCAGGGAGAAGUCAAGUCACAUGGUAACAUGAAAGCCGCAAUAUCCGAUUGUGGCGCUUUAAUGGGUUCGCUUGUAAUGGAGGAUCAUUUUCUGGUGCUUCAAACGCUGCCCAAACGAGUUCACCAUCUUCAGAAAGAACGCCACCUGGUUUACAAAAGAUCUGCGGGACUUCUGACAGAUACCGAAAAUAAAAUCCGUGAAGAAAUCACCAGACUUCAAGAAGAACAAGAAUCUUUCUGUGACACUAGUGAGCAACUAGAUGAUCCUGCAAUGACUAUUCCAGCCCAUCUGCAUUUCAACUACACGAUUCCAACAUCUGCUCAACUCGACUCUCCCUUCAUUUUCCCAAAUAUGGACCCAAUUACUUUAGAAAUUGGAUUGUUUCUGGAUUCUAAACUUUUUGAGCAUUUCGAGAGAGAGUAUAUACAAGACGCAGAACAACAUCUGCUCGAGUUUUCAUUGGCUCUAAUCAACAACGUUCAUGUUUUGUACCAACAAGACACAUUAACGCCAAAUCUUGAUAUUGUGAUAGUUCGGUACGAGAUGUGGAAAACUCAGCCGAGCUCUUUGAGCACUGGUGUACACAAAAACGGUCAAGCUCAAAGUCUCCUUGAUGCAUUUUGUCGCUAUCAAGCCCACAUGAAUCCCGGUACUGACCUGACUGAUAUGAAUCAUUGGGAUCAUGGAGUUCUUCUUACCGGAUACGACAUCUACCAUACUACAACAUCAGUAGCAGGAGUUGCUCCAGUCGCUAGAAUGUGUGAUCCAUUAUUUGCAUGCUCGUUGGUCGAAGGUCUCCAUCUAGGAAGAUCUUUUGUUUUGGCUCAUGAGAUGGGUCAUAAUAUGGGUAUGGUCCAUGACGGAGUACAAAACCAAUGUAAUAAAGGUUGUUGUCUGAUGUCUGCUGUAAAUGGAGCAGGAAAAACUACUUGGUCCGAUUGUUCCGUGAGAGAAUUCAAUGCUUUCUUGCUUCAACUUGAUGAAUCCGGUCGAGGAAACUGUCUUCGAGAUGCUUCUCCUGGUUUGAUAUCUACCAAUCAUUUGAGUGAUACACGUCUACCGGGCCAAAGAUUCACAGCCGAUCAGCAAUGUUCAUAUUUUUGGGGGCGCGAUUAUAGGGUGGAAAUUCCAAAUGGAAAGGCUAUGGAUGACAUUUGUCGUAUCCUAUGGUGCGGAAAUAGUGGCUCCACAAUUUCAACAGCUCAUCCGGCUCUCGAAGGAAGUUGGUGUGGACAUAAUAAGUGGUGCCACAAAGGACAUUGCACAUCUUGGAACUUUGAUCUACCUCCAGUCCCUAUCGAUGGUCAAUGGAGUGAGUGGGGUGGUGCGGAGAAAGGAUGUCCCAUUCAACAGUGUGCCGUGUCUGGAAGUAUCACUAUUCAAGCACAACACAGAGACUGCGUUAAUCCAGCGCCAAACAACGGUGGGCGGACUUGUGAAGGUGCCAAUAUCAGAGGAAUCGUUUGUGGUGCAACCAGUAGUAAUUGCUUGGGAUUCACUCGAGAAGAAUUCGGAAACAAAAUAUGCUCAUCCAUCAAGUUUGAUCCUCAUAAGCCAGAUCAACAGCUUACAGGAGAAGGUUUUGAACCUCAUCAAUGUUUGACGAAUUGGAAAAUUUCAGAUUCCACCCAACCUUGUCGUGUUUGGUGUCAUCUCAUCGGCUCUGAACUCAUCAGAAACAAAGGCCAAUUCCCUGACGGUACCCCAUGCGGAUUUGACGCUUACUGUGUUGGUGGCCAAUGUCUAGCACUAUCAUGUGACAAUAAAGCUCUUGUGGAGCAACAAGAAGAUUGUCCAAGACUCGAAGGAAGAAGCAUUCAUCAGUGGGAAGAUUGGUCUUCUUGGUCAGAAUGCAGUGUUUCUUGUGGUCCCGGUGGUCGACAAGUCCGUGAGAGGAAGUGCUCAUCAGGAAGAAAAUGUCAAGGAGUUUCGGAAGAAAGUCGAGCUUGUGAAGGUGUUCUUCGGGACUGUGAAGAGUUUGGAGAAUGGAAAGAUUGGGGUCCGUGCAGUGAAAAGUGUGCACUUGGAAUUCAGAAACGAUUCCGUCCAUGUCUCACAGACCAAUGCGCCAGUGAGCAUUUGCAAGAGAAGCGGCCUUGUGAUAAUGUACGUGUUUUUUUUUCAAAACUUUUGAUUGCUUAUGCUGGUAAAAGUCAGACUGAGAAGGAUGUUGGACCAACUGGGACGAGUGGUCAUCAUGCUCCCAGACGUGUGGUGGUGGACGUAGAUACCGAUUACGAAAGCUGUUUCAGAAAAUGCCUCGACUUUAAAUGUGAAGGAGAUGAUUUGGAGAAAGAGUCUUGUAACACUCAAAAAUGCAUCUCACAGACUUGGGGAGACUGGUUGCCAUGCUCGGUGUCAUGUGGUAUUGGUUUUCAAAUCAGAGAGCGAUUAUGUGACGGAGAAUUGUGUGCAACAGCGAACAAGCAAGCAAGGACAUGUAAUCAGCAGCAAUGCCCAUCCACUUUCUCACUUGCUGUUUGGAGUGAAUGGGGUGAAUGGACUACAUGCUCUGCAACUUGCGGAGAAGGUCUCCAAUCUCGUGAAAGAUCAUGUCGUCGUGGAUCCUGUCAAGAAUCUGACGCUGCUCAAACGCGCCGGUGUGUCAAUGGACCAUGUGACCAUACUUUCCUCCCAUGGUCUGAAUGGACACCUUGUGAGACUUGUUCUUCAUUUGACAGUAGGAAAAGAAUUGCGAAAUGUGAUGGUACAACUGAUAACUGUCAAGAUAAAAUUGAUGAAGAAACUUGUGAUAAUGCUUGCCUUCGAGAACAGCACUCGUUUGGUCCGAUUUCUCCAAAACGUCCUAAACUGAUUACUAGCAAUGAGUUGAGAAAGGCAUUUGGUCGUCCACUUCUUCCUAUCGAAUCCAUAACUUCCUCAAAGUGGAGCGAGUGGGGACCGUGUAGUGUUACUUGCGGAUCUGGAAGGCGUGUUCGAACACGAGAUUGUCAAGAAGAAAAUUGUCCAGAGCAGAAUAUCCAACAUGAGGAGUGCAGUUUGAAUAGCUGUUUAGAUUUAUUUAUCUGGAGUGACUGGUCAUCGUGCUCAAAAUCUUGCGGCCAUGAUGCAACUCAAACCCGACAAAAGCUCUGUCUGUUCAAUAAUGCUGAGUGCUCGAGCUACGCCGAGAGCAGAAGGUGUAAAAAUCUGCCGACUUGCACUUCAAUCUCAAGUGGCAACACAAUCUCAGAAAACAGUUUUGAUGCGCCGCAAUGGUCCGAGUGGUCCUCAUGGAGCGCAUGCUCGUGCUUCUCAUUGACCUCCACUCGACGAAGAUUCUGUCAAGUAGCCGAUCCAACAGUUCAAGGUUUUUGUGCUGGAUCCAUUUUGGAACAGAUUCCUUGCGCUCCUGGACUGCAUACCGUCUGUCUAUACAAUUUUUUCCAGAACUGUUCACCGUCGGCAGGUGGCUGGUCUUCAUGGUCGGAAUGGUCGUCGUGCUCAAAAGACUGCGGCGACACUGGUCAUCAAAUUCGAAAUCGAAUGUGUAGUGAACCGAUACCAUCGAAUCGUGGGGCCUAUUGUUCCGGAUACUCAUUUGACCAGCGGCCAUGCGUAAUGGAUAAUGUAUGUGGGGAGGAAAAAGUGAAUGGCGGAUGGACUGACUGGACAUCGUGGAGUGAAUGUACCGAUUAUUGCAGAAAUGGGCAUAGAAGCAGAACGAGAUUCCUCAUUUAUCUUAUAUAUAUACAUUUUGUGCCAACCCGAAACCUUCACAAGGCGGUGCUCAAUGUUCUGGCUCAGAUUUUGAGCUCAACCCAUGUUUCGAUCCGGCCCGAUGUCACUGUAAGUGUUUUUCUGAAACCACAUCGCUUCAGACCCACUUCUUCGUUUUAUUUCGCCCCACCACUUCCCCUUGCUUUUUGCACCACUCAUUCCAGAAAUCAUUUUCCAUUUUUUAUCCCCUUUUUGCAUGCAUUUUUAGUAAGAGACGGCGGUUGGUCCAUUUGGUCAGACUGGUCACCUUGUUCGGCUUCUUGUGGAUUUGGUGUCCAGACACGAGAUCGGACGUGCAGCUCACCGGAGCCAAGAGGCGGACAAUUGUGCACAGGAUUAGCACACCAAACUUCGUUAUGUGAUCUUCCAGCAUGUGACCACGAGAGUGAUGGUGAAUGGUCAGCAUGGAACGAAUGGUCGGGUUGUAUGGGUAAUUGCGGUUUUGGUACACGAACGAGAGUGCGAGCAUGUGUCAGUCCACCAGCCAGUCACGGAGGACAACCAUGCUUCGGACGGUCAUCCGAAAUCACCGAGUGUCGUCAAUCAGAAUCAACCUGCUCGUCGUUUAUUACUUCGUCACUCUUAGCAGAUGGCUAUUUUAUCGAAACAGACCAACAGCAGUGA